UGGGUGGGUCUAUGUGUGCGGUUUGGUGUCUCUGGGUGUGUCUGUGUGGGUUGGGUUGGUGUGAUGCCAGGCAUGCCUCUGUGUGUCUCAUUGCGCUGUGGCUGGCGGGUCCACGUUCCUGCAUGACAUAUGACACGGGAGGGGAGAGGAGUUACAUCCGUGUGUUCCCCCAAGAGUGGUGUCCAGAGGGCCACCGGUGACACCAUGCGAGGAGUUUUGUGUCACUGCGCCAGUGGGUCCCUGUGCAUUGCUGUAAGACGGUUUUGAUCUGUGUCCAGGUGUAUGGUGUGUACGGGUCCGUAUGUGACUUCUGUGCUGCUGCAUGUGGUCACACGCUGUGUCGCUGUGACUUCUGGGAGUCACCAGGCAUCACUCUGCAUAGUAUUUGCUUUCCUGCCUGUCAGUGUGUAUUGUGUCUCUUUAUGGCAUCGUGUGUGUAAAGCUGUGUAUCACUCAGGGAUGUGACCUGUGUCUCCUUUGAGGUACCUGUCCAUGUCAGGGGCUGCUCCUUUCCCUGCCAAGAACACAGCCCAAGUACCCACACUUGGAGUGUUGUGUUUGCAGGGCUAUGGAUCUCACUGUACCAGAGGGUGUCUCCUGAUGCAAUGUGUGGUGCUGAUGCAGCUCUAAGUGUCGGCUGUGUCACUGGGUCGCAUCUGCUGAUUCGUGUGACACGUGGUGUUUGUGAAAGGCUGUGCUGGCAAGACUGUAUCAAUGUGUUCUGCGUCAUUUUGUCUUUGCAUAUUACUCUGUAUAUGUUGUGUUUGUGUGGCCACCCGUGUCGGAGUGUGUGGUGUCCCAGGCCGUGUGUAGGUGCGGUAUGUGUUGUCAGUCUGAGGCGACGGUGCCUGAUUUACUCUGUGCACAUUGCUCUUGGGCAUCGGGGUCCGUGUAGCUUGUGCCUGGCCCCGUGGGGCACCAUUCUGGGUUGUGCCACGUGAUGCAUCAAAGUAGAUCAGAAUGUCUUACAUGGGGCAAGUGCUACUGGGGUUUCUGUGUGUCACUAAGCCUGUAGGUCCCUACAUGCAUCCUGCUCUCUGACUGUGUAUUUGAAUGGUGUUGUGCGCCGGGUAUAUGGUGUGUCGAGGUGAAUCCAUGUGUGUUGUGAAUCAUUUUAUGAACACAUGUGCUGGAGUCACCGUGUGCCAUGAAGUACGUCUGUGUGUUCCUCUACAUGCUGAGUGAUUGGAGGCUGCCAGGGGUGUGUCUUUAAUUGUAUGUUUGCACCUGUUGGUUAUCAUUCCACGGGAGUGUGACAUCUAGGUGCUAUGAGUGCCCUGUUCACAAAGAUAUGUUGCAUGUGGCAUUUGGAUACUGCUAGGUCAAUACAGAUUGUGUGUUUGUGGAACACAUGGUAUCUGUUGUUUCUGUGUAGCUAUGAAUUGGCAUCACCCUGUGUGGCGUCUCAGUGUGGCCAUUUGUGUCCGAGGAGGUUGUGCCAACUUUGAUUGCAACGUGUGUGCCUGUGUGUGGACAGUAUUUGGGUGGCCAUGUGUGCCACGGGGCGCUGACUGCCUCGGCAAGUGCUGGCGUGUGUCACACCAUGUGUGUGGUGUCUGGGUGUGGCUGUGGGUUUCAGAGCUUGCCGGGAGUUGUGAGUCACCCAGUGUAGGUUGUGUUGUGUGCUCAUGGGUGUUAGGUUCUGUCUCCGGCCACGCUGUGUGUGAGAGUGUAUCACCCAGUGUCGCGUGGUGUCUGGGUGUGGCCUGAGUGUAGGUGUGUAUUACACGCUGCAGACGGUUGUGUGACAAAGCCCAUUGUGUGUCAGUGUGUGUCUUCAUCCACGUGAACGCACGCCUCUUCCUUGCUCGGCCCCAAGACACACCCCAGCCCCUCCUUAGUCUGAGAGGGAGGGUUGGGGAGCCUCCGUUCUGCCCAGGGGCCUCCCCAGCACCUCCCCGCCCUGCCCAGCAGUCACCACCCCCCAGAGGGCACAGGCUUUGCUGUGCCUCAAAGCAAGAGUCCAGAGCAAGAGAGCAGUGCAGGCCAGGGACCUGCAAGCCACAGUGGCUGCCCUUUGCGUGCUGCGAGGUGCGGGACCCUGGGCAGGAAGCUGGCUGAGCCCCAAGACCCCGGGGGCCAUGGGCGGGGAGCUGGUGCCGGGCCUGGGGGCCCUGCGGCGGCGAAAACGCCUGCUGGAGCAGGAGAAGCGGCUGGCCGGCUGGGCACUGGCACUGGCAGGAAUCGGCAUCGGACUCAUGGUCCUGCACGCGGAGAUGUUAUGGUUUGGGGGGUGCUCGUGGGCGGUCUACCUGUUCCUGGUUAAAUGUAUGAUCAGCAUUUCCACGUUGUUGCUCCUAUGCCUUAUUGCGGCCUUUCACGCCAAAGAGGUCCAGUUGUUCAUGACGGAUAACGGGCUCCGGGACUGGCGUGUGGCGCUGACCGGGCGGCAGGUGGCGCAGAUCGUGCUGGAGCUGGUGGUAUGCGGGCUGCACCCGGUGCCUGGGAGUGGCCCGCCGUGCAUGCUGCGUUCCAGGUCCCAGCAGACAGCGGUCCCGCAGUCCUGGCCCGGCUUCCUGGGCCAGGGGGAGGCAGUGCUGUCACUGGUCAUGCUGCUGCGCCUUUACCUCGUGCCCCGCGCCGUGCUCCUGCGCAGCGGCGUCCUGCUCAACGCCUCCUACCGCAGCAUUGGCGCGCUCAACCAGGUCCGCUUCCGCCACUGGUUCGUGGCCAAGCUGUACAUGAACACGCACCCCGGCCGCCUACUGCUCUGCCUCACGCUUGGCCUCUGGCUCACCACCGCCUGGGUGCUGUCGGUGGCCGAGAGGCAGACUGUUAAUGCCACCGGACACCUUUCAGACACACUGUGGCUCAUCCCCAUCACAUUCCUGACCAUCGGCUAUGGGGACGUGGUGCCGGGUACCAUUUGGGGCAAGAUUGUCUGCCUCUGCACUGGGGUCAUGGGGGUCUGCUGCACGGCCCUGCUGGUGGCUGUGGUGGCCCGGAAGCUGGAGUUUAAUAAGGCAGAGAAGCAUGUGCACAACUUCAUGAUGGACAUCCAGUAUGCCAAAGAGAUGAAGGAGUCAGCCGCCCGGGUGCUUCAAGAGUCCUGGAUGUUCUACAAACACACGCGCAGGAAGGACUCCAGACCUGCCCGCAGGCACCAGCGCAGGCUGCUGGCUGCCAUCAACACGUUCCGCCAGGUGCGGCUGAAACACAGAAAGCUCCGGGAACAAGUGAAUGCCAUGGUGGACAUCUCCAAGAUGCACAUGAUCCUGUGUGACCUGCAGCUGGGUCUGAGCAGCUCACACCAGGCCCUGGAGAAGCGGAUUGACCUGCUGGCAGGGAGGCUGGACACCCUGACCGAGCUGCUUAGUGCGGCCCUGGGGCCCCGGCAGCUUCCAGAACCAAGCCAGGAGGCCACGUAGCUGGACCCACGGAGGAAGAACCAGACUACUUUCCCCAGGACUGAGGUCAAGGACAUUUUCCCUGCUACUCCUGACGCAGCCCCAGGCAGAAAGCACCUCAAGUGUGAGGAUCUAAGGGGGCCCCACCUUGGGGUGGGCUGACUUGCUGCUGGCUGCUGGAGGGGACACUGGCUGAAGGAGGGAGGCCAUGGCCCAACCCCCACCGAGGCCCCAAAUGGGAAAAUGGUCACCCCUACCCCAAUACCCUCGACAAAAACACCCUCAGUCCGCUGCUACAGACGACCACCUGCUUUCAGUGAGACGUGGAGUUGCCUGGGAGCUGGGACUCCUGGGUCCCAGAGGAGGAGGGGAGUGGGGGCGUCCAGGAUCCUGGGCUGCCUCAGUCACCCACUGGCCGGCAGAGCCAAAGGAACCAGGCCUGAGGCUGGGAUGAGGUGGGAGGCAGCGUCCCCUGGUGGGAGAGCGAGGAGGACACCAUUUUUCCAGAGCAGCAGAGAAUUACCUGUCUGGAUAAGGUGGACUGGGGGGUGGAGGGUGCAUUAUUUGUAAUAAAUGUUAAAGUCAGAA